AAUUAAAAUGUUUACAUAAAUUGAAAACAAAACUAUUCCCGUGAAAUUUUGCCUUCGGCAAUUAAUAGAACGCGGCAUUUUUUAUGCGAUGGUUGGUUAAAUUGUUUUACUGGUUGCUAAUUUAAUAUGAUAUUUAAAAUUCAGUUCGUCAACGAAGUUGCGCUACAAAAAAAAAUGAAUGAAAGUGAACGGUCAUAUGAGCAGAUCGUUUAGCCUAUUAGUGCGGACCACAACGAUGCACUUACACACUGUUCCAUAUUAGACUACGUAAAAAGUUGGCAUUUUUGCAGGCGACAGCGGAACUAACGGUAAAUUUCACAUAAGCAGAACAAACACCACCACGGGCCACGGCCACCCCAUCGUCAGUGCGCCGCCAAGUAUAAUAGUAUGUGUGUUGUGAAGUUUUGCUUGCUUAAAGUGUGAAUUGUGUUAUAAGUAAAUUGAACUGGACUAUUACCACAAAAAUGUCAGAUCGUAACAGCCCGAGUUUUUUCCAUGGACAACCCUGGUCCAGUUGGAUAGAAACAAUUGGACGCGACAAACCUUUAAGUAAGCAUUUAAAAAAAAACGUUUUAGGUGAUGAAGAAGAAGUUGAUAAUGAGGCUUCAAACAAAGUAAUGCGACUCUCACGAGAAGACGUCGAUUUGUAUGGGUUUUGCCCAGAAACAGACCCAUUUUAUGCUGUGAUAUGUGAAUAUUGUCAAAGCAUUGUGAAACCACAAGCCUUCAAACACCAUAUUGCAACUAAACACUCUGAUAAAAGCGUUAAAACUUCUCAAAAUAUUAACAAUUCAAAACAGUUGACAAAACUACCCAUUUGUAAAGUAUCAAAAUUAAAGACCAAGCAAUUAAAGGAACUUACAAGUAAUAAAAAUCAAGCUGUAGCAGUUAAACAACAGAAUACUGAACAAUUAGCAGUAUCACUGACAAAAUCACCACAAUCUCCUAGUGAUUCCAAUACAAACGUGAUUAAACAAAAUACCAGUACUUCAUUUCAAACACCUACAUCUCAAGUAAAAACAAGUACAAAACGGAAAAAACCAAAAGCUGAUCGUUCUCUCUUGAAAGACAGAGAGUAUGAUCCCGAUCGACACUGUGGGGUAUGGAAUGAUGAGUCCCAAAAGCCAUGCACAAGAUCGUUAACAUGCAAGGCACAUACUGUCUCUCUAAGGCGUACAGUUCCUGGUCGAAGCAAAACAUUUGAUAUACUCUUAGCUGAACAUCGAGCUUCGAAAGAGCCUACUGCCACAAAGCUAGCAGCAAAACUGGUUUCGAUGAAAACGACAAAUUUAUCACCAGUGGAAAAUGUAAAGUUAACCAGUACUAAUCAAGUAAUCACAGGUGGUACUCUAGCAUCUGCUGUAUCUGCUACUUCAAACAAUGAGACAACUGAGUCUCCAAAUUCACCACCAGUUUUAUCAUUGCCAGAUUCAUAUGCACUGCCCCAGGCGGUAGACUUACUGUAUAGAUGUCUUGCCCCUCAUGGUUCCAAUAAAAAUGUCAAAUUGGAAGAUCAAUUGGAGAAUGAUCUUGAGCAGAAAAACUUACAAAAUACUGUUUGCAAAACAGAAGUAGAUAAUAGUACUGUGAAGAUUGAAAGCUUAUCACUACCACAAAUUUCAGUGGUAUUACCAUCUCUUACCUCUAUGAAAACAUCCAAUUUAAUGCCUCAAUAUGCAACAGGUAGUACCAAUAGAGGAUCAGCUAAUGACAUGAAUCAGCAGCUUCUGAAUAGUACCAGAAUGCAGGCAAAAUAUACAAGUGAUAAUAAAGUCAAGUUAGAAAUUGAUAAUAAGAGUGCAGCUAAGUAUUCUUCGCUGUUAAUAAACAAUAAAAUGGAUAACCACGAAAAUCGCCAUUCCAAACUAAAUUAUUACACUUCCGAUGGCGAAGUUUUAUAUGAGCAGGAAAGUUCUAAAAAAAUUAUCACAAAUGGUGGGAGAAAAUUAUCUUUGCAUCACCCUUACCAUCAAAAUCGUAUUGUUCGGUUAAAGCAUGACAUGUCAGAAUUUUCACAACUAAAGUGUUUAGAAGUUGCAACAUCUCCUAUAGUAACUACAAAUAUCACAAACUUUGAGAACGUUACAUGGCAGAAACAGCAUCCGCAGCCUAUGGCAGUUAGCCGCUGGCUUAAAAUUAGUUCCAAAAAAUAUAAUUUCAAUAUUCACUGACAUAAAGCUUUACCCACCCCUGGCUAAAAAUAGAAAUGCUUAAAAUGAGUGAUGAUGCACUUUGAAAAUGUGUAUUAUCUCUAAAACAUCGGUAUUUUUGAAAUUCUGUACUAUUUAUAAAUGAAAUUUCAUCUUUUGUUAAGAUACCAAACUUUAAUUUAAUUAAUUUCAAUAUCACAGUUUUCAAUCCAUGAUAGUCAGAAAAACUUGUGAUACAUUGAAAUCUCCUGAUUGUAAAUAUGAAUAAUUGAAGCAGAUAUGUUGUGAUAUUAUACAUUUGAUCUAUUUUGCCCUUUUGAAAAAAUCAAUUAUUUUUUAAUUGUAAAUCAAUUUAUUACUUGAAUUCAAUUUUUUUUUAUUUAAAUUGAAAUAUUCAAUGUUUAUUAUUUAUAUAACUUCAAUUGCAUGCUCCUAAUCAUCAUCAUUAUGCAUAAGUAAAAGAUCCAUUGUGAUUUAUGUAUUGAA